UUUUAUUCGUUGUUUUGCACGCAAGUGUAUAUACAUUGUUCUCAAUACUAAGUGUAUUAUUGCUAAUUAUAGGUUCAAUUAUUUUUAGCAAGAUUUAGCUAUGAUCAUCGUCGAUGACAUACUGGAUGAAUCAAAAAUUCGUUACAAUAAACCACCCUUGUAUAGGGUAGUGGGAAUAAAACAAGCUAUCCUAGACUCAAUAACAUUAGAAACAGGCGCUAGCUUUCUAUGUUUAAAAUAUUUUUCUGAGCACAAGCAUUUUGCUAAAAUCCAUAAGGAGAUGGUACUCAACCUAGCAACCACUACAAUUUCACAGACGCAAGAGCUAUCAAAGUAUAAUAUAGAAGAUUUCGAAGUUUUUGAAAAUUUAGUUAAAUCUUUUCCGCUAUUUGUACAUGCUGUUGCAUCUGUGGUGUACUUGGCUGGUAUUGAUGAUCCCAAGCUUCAAUCUAUAGUGAAAAAAAUUUGUAUGGAUAUUGCUAUAUUUGGAAAAAGAUUCGAUGAUUUUACUGUAUUUCUAGACCCGUCAACUAUUGGGGAGAAGGACAACACAGACAUAGCUAAUUUUAAAAUAACAUGGAUGGCUAUUCAGGUGUCUAAAAUGGGAAGCCCCCAACAAAAAAAUACGUUCAUGGAACACUACGGUAGCACAGAUCCUAAAUCAAUUUCGAUCAUUUUUGAUAUAUACCAAGAACUUAAUUUAGUUGAACAUUUCGACAGAUAUAUGAUGAAAUUUUACGACGACAUGCAGACUCAAAUCCAUAACUUGCCUCCUCAAUUACCCAAACAGUUUUUCUAUAAUAUAUUAGAUUGUGCUGUAGCAAAUAAGAUGUAUGCUUAA